GAUCCUUCAUAUAAAAAAUAUGUAUAAAGCAACACAUUUAAUAAUGAACAAAUAUAUUGUAAAAUAAGGAAGAUAUUUUGCUAAGGAGUUGGAGUUAAAACAAUUAUGAAUGCAAUUAAAGCAUACACGAUGCUAUUGUAGCAUUCAUUUGAGUUUAAUAACACAUUGUGUCAGUUGUAUAUUUUGUUUGGCAAAGAUUUGGAAUAAAUCACGUUAAGAGAUGCGAAAAUUAGUGUGAAAUAUUCUUAAACAAAAAACACGGAGCUUGUUAAAGGGGAACUACUCUGAUUUGAUCAAAUUGGCUCACAUGAUGGAAGCACGUCUUCUUUUAUGUUGUUUGGUUCUCGGUGGAUUAGUGGGGACGAUGGAACAAGCGCUGCUACAGAUAAAUGAGCGACAAGAUAAAACACCGGAAAGAACAUCAGAUCAAAAAGGGCUUUCUUCCACGAAAGAAGAUGAAACCUCUGUAGGCUUGUCAAAGGAUAUGUUGCCAUUGAAAACAUAUACAAAGUUGAUUGGAACAAAAAAUCCAAAAAGUACCUUGGAUAAAGCAGAAAAACGUGUUAUCAGAAGUAACUACCUUGCUUUUAACAACUCUACAGGGAAUAAGAAAUGUGAAAUGGAAAUGAGUCGAUUUUCAUUGGACUAUUUUAUGUAUAGUAUACAGAGAUACGAAUCCAAUUACGUCUUUUUGGGACUCCGGCAAGCCAAUAGUAGUUCUGGUAUUACAAUAAGAAGCAAACCGGAUGUCAUUAACGGGGACAUCUGGAUCUGGACUUUCUGGGGUAAGGACGGGGCCCAGGAGUUCCUAAGAUGGCCCAUCGAGUUUGGAAUAUGGUCGAUGGGUAUAUUGUAUCAGUCCGUUCUGAGACAUCCUAAAGUGCUAUCGGUUACUUUGAAACGAGUAAGUGGUGAUUGCUCCAACUUGACGGUUGGAAAUAAAGAUGAUGAUCUGGCGAUUAGUAACGCGCUGAAUGGGAUCACUCUUGCGCUGAUGAGCAAUUUGUCGGAUGGGGAAAAGUACGGACCAAGCUACUAUUGUUACACAAGAAAACGAAACAUUACGGAGUACAUGAAAGUGAUAUGUGAAAACAUUGUAUGUCCGUUCGAAGGUAUUGAACAAGUUUGCUGUGAUUACAGAUUCAAUAAAACAAAAAUGGAACGUAAUGUUAUCUGUCCAGAAUAUGAAUUCAUGUAUGAUACUAUUUCGUGGAUGGUGCCCAUAAUGUUAGCCAUUGUUCUUUUUGUUUACUUCCCAAUACUUUUAUUUUUUGUCGCGUACAAAAUAUUUGAUGAUCCUCGCUCGACAUAUGUGCCGCCCAGCCUUACAGUACAAAGUUUCAAAGGAUCCGACGACGGAUGCCAGGAAGAAGAACUGGACGGAUGUCACACGUCAAAGAUGUAUUUACUAGAGGGAUAAAACAUGUCAGUUUUUUCCAAACACUAUUUAUGCCCCUCACUUCUCUUAAGGGAGCCACUGUUACGUUGCAAACACGUUUAUUAUGUUUGGUUGUUGGCAGAUUAACAAGAGUCUCAUUUCCCAUUGUAACCCUUAGUAUAAUUGGCCUUCAGGCAUACGUUGAUUCGUCAAAUUUGCAAAGUUUUAUUAGGACGAGCGUGAAAUUGGGCGUUCCAUAUGGGCUGCGGUCAAUAAUCACGGGCUACGAAAUGAGUAGAACAAAUUUCCUACCCUUCCUUGGUGGUCCUUUUGUAGCCCUGUUUUGCUAUGUUGUAAUCACCUCAGUUCUGCUUAUGAUUCCAAAGUCUAUACCUAAGUUUCUCGCCAAAGGUUUAAGGCCAAAAAUAUAUGGCGCAUGCGCAAAUGUUAGUGAGACAGAAUUAUCUCCCAUGAGUGAAAAUUUGAAAAACAUCAAACGUUUUGGAUCACUUAGGUCAACAGACAAUUCAACGGGAUAUUUGCUGUUGUAUCGUUUUACAGUUUCACAGGUCCUUAUGGUGUUGAAUUUUAGUUUCUGGAAAACUUCCAUUGCUAUUCAGCAUGCUAGGUUGCAGAGAAUUUACAAUAGAAGCGGCUUUUGCUGUACUGUAAUUUUCUUUCCCCUUUACUUUGUCAUUUGUGCGGUAGAAUUGGUUAUGACGUUUAUUAUUUACGGUCUCCCAAUAAUAUCUUUCGGACGUCUUGUAAUAACAAGCUAUUGUUCUGCUUUACCUCUGCCCAAAAGAAACCCGAUAUACCUGAUUCUUGCGCACUUCAUAAAACUGUUCACGUUCAUAGCAGUUCUUUUCUUUCUAUAUAUGUUGUGCGCGGUCUUCCUAGAAACCAUUUUAUUCAUCACCAGAAUUUGCGUAUUUUCCUACACAGCAAUGAUUUUUAUACCUAAGGUCACCUAUGGAUACCUUAUUUUCUAUUUCACUGUCCUCUUCUACCUCUGGGAAGCCAUAAACGACUACUCCCUCUGUUACGACCGACUGUUUCACGACUCCAUAAAGGCCGCAAUGUACGUUCAGAGAACACGGCGAUCUAGGGGAGAUGGAUUGCUGUGCAAGGUAAGAAAGCGGCGUGGAAUCAGACAAAGCAUUUUUGAAAUAAUCAUUGAAGAACACAACCCUCGUAGAAGACAGAUGACAAGUACUUGUCUCAAACUUGCGAUCAUCAUCUUGCUGAUGUCGGUGGCGAUUGAACUAUUGAUAAAGGCAGACAAAUUUAAGGACUUACACACGAUCAUGCACGUAGGUACAGCCAUCAUUGUGUGCGCCAUGCCGCAAAUAUUGAAACGGAUGUGUCACCAACGGGAGAGCAAACUGCUGCGGAUACAGUUCAGGCAAACACUUGCGGACACCAUUCUGUCACAUCUCGAAUAUGUUGUUCACAACGAGGAAACAUCAGGCGACAGUGAGGAAAGCUGUUCUGAUUGAUAUCAGCACCUGCACACUGCUUACAUUUGCUUAGUUUUCAGUGAACAUGCCAAUGAGGCUAUCCCAGAAUAUAUACCAAUGAAUAUAUCUUGAAUAUGUUUAGAUGUUUGCUGUCUUGUAACCUUGUGCCUCUUGUUUGCGGUGUGCUUGCCCUAGUAUUUGCGUGCAACUUUAGACAGGAACUUGUUACUGAGCUAAUUCCUGAAAUGUCAAUAUUUAAAUUGACAUGGCAAUGAGAUAUCAUUUGGAGACAGUCUAUGAAAUUGUUGCGAUAAAGACAAGCACCUGUUUACAAAUUCGACUAAACGUGGAAACAUCGAGACCAGUAUAUAAAUUAAGGUAGAGUUCUUAUUAUAUGUUUUACGUUGCACGACAAAUUGUGAUUGGCAGUGUAUCAGAAACGAAUAUUUCAAUUGAUGACCAAGACUUAAGUUCUAAAGGCCAAAAACUAAAUACCAACUUAGCCCUCAAUAUUAUUGUCUUCACUGCUAAAAAUACACGCUACCAUAAACACACCAAUUUUUUUUUAUAUAGUAACUGUGUACUGUGUUGUUUGUCGAGAUAUGUGCUGUUGUUCCAUGUUUCUGGUUUUUGAUUGUUUGUGUUUUUUUUUUUUUUGCCUUUGACGUUUAUCCUGUGCCAUUAAACGGGGUUUAUGUUUAAACUUUGAGCUACUGAGCUUGUUCCUGUACUUGCUACACAUUGUUAAUUCACUUUUAAGAUUAUAUAAUUAUUCCUUUUGUACUGUCAUUCAAUAAUAGUAUUAUAAUACUCUUUUAUGCUGUCAUUGAAGUUCACCAACACGUUUAUCUGUUGAUACAUACAUGUGUGUACAUAUUUGUUUCUAUCUUUACCGUAUCACGUUUUAUUAAUUUUAUAAAUAUAUCGCCUUUUAUCAAGUUUUAAACAUUACAAUAUUUCGCAUGAUCCUAUGUUGUACAGAAAUACUAUUAGUCAAACUUUGCCAUUAUGUUCCAAAUUAAGCACAGAUCUUUGACAUUUUAGGUAUGGAUUCAGUUUUAUAAAACUUUUUAAUUAAUACAUCUUCAAUUUCAUAAAUAUAUAAUCAUUAACUUGAAAAACUUAAUUGGUCAAUAGGAAACAGUAUUACCACUCAGCUCUUGUGUACAGUAUGAUCUCAACAGUACUUCGUUUGAAAAACAGUAGCAGGAACCUCGUAUUGAUAUAAUUGAGAUACUCGUAUGCAGAUAAAUUGUUCGCGCUGACUUUUAGCUUUGCUUUAACAUACAGCAUUCUUGUAUACCCAUAUUUUUAAGUGUGAUGUAUAUGUCUAGACCUCUCAGACAUACGAGACUAUAUUUACUUUUAAAGUGUAUCUGUGUUUUACCUAAACAUUCUAAAGAAAAUAGAGGAUCUCAAAUAAACUGCUCAAAAUACAUAAGGAUCAUCUCAAGAAAUCCCAUAGACCACCAAUUUCAUGCUAUGUUCGCCUGAUUUAGGAGCAAGCGGAUGAAAUAAAAAUACGUCUAGUUUAAAAAAGAAAGAGCAGAACUGAAAUCAUUUGUAUAAACUUUAUAAUCAUUAACUCAAAUAGGCAAAUACAUAAUUUAUUUUUGUUCUUUCUUCACUAACAAUCUGUUAUAUAUAUAUAUAUAUAUAUAUAUAUAUAUAUAUAUAUAUCUACUACAGAUAUUAAGGUGACCAUAUAUAUAUUAAUCUAGGCAUUAUGGGGACCGUUGGAUUAAGGCGACAAAAAUUGGUCUCCUUAAUAUUUUCAGUCCAGAUUUGAUGUAUCAAAUGUCAAUAAAAAUGUCCAUUGACAGUAAGUUGAUAAGCUUGAA